UUUUGUAUAUGGAAACCCUCCUAUGGCAAUCACUCUCUGCUGGUAUUUAUUCCAAGUAAAACCCCAAAGGUAUUCAUCGUUCAUUUAUUCUGCUGUCCCGUUUUGCAGAUCCAUUACUAUCAACCGCUCUGGACCCUGGUGGGUGCAGGUAUCUACCAAACAAAGGAUUCUGGGCGUCCAAUGUCAGAAGUGGUUCCGCGUAAUGUGAAUUUCAUUUCCGAUCGGCUCGUCAAAUUAGAACCGGAUUUAUCACGCGUGCAUCUGUCGAGCGGAAAGCAGGUAAAUUCUGUUGUUGUAAAGCUCUUCAUUUUUAUUGCUGGUGCUCAGGAUGCCCUGGAUCAUGAUCCUCGUGUCAUAUCCAACUACUCGUUACCACAUCUGGAUAAAACGUUUAAAGCUUAUCAGGCGUUCCAAGGAGGCUAUGCUAUGUUCACCUUACCUUGUGAUCCGAUCAAAUGUGCAGGAGCACCGCAAAAAGUCAUGUAUCUCUUUGAGGACUAUCUACGCAGGCACGGCCUACGAGACAAGGCGGAUAUACACUAUUUCACUUCAUUGUCGAAAAUGUUCACUGUGGACAAGUAUUCCGACAGCUUGAAGGAAGUUUGUCGCCAGCGAAACAUACACACUCAUCUACAGCAGCAUUUGGUUGAGUACGACCUACUUCACAUUACGCCACCUAUGGCCGUACCGGAAGUUCUGAAAUAUAUUCGUUUAUUUUACUUUAUUUCAUGGAGUUCUCUUUGCUCCUAUGACGGUUACACUGCGUGCCCAUUGGUCACUUCCUACAGCCGCGGUAUUAUGGCCGAAUUCGAUUACAGCUGCCAACCGUUGGAAACACUUCCUCUGGAUCAGAGUAAAGAGCGUUAUAUUCAUUACUUCAUGAAAGCUGUACUCAUGCCCCCACUCUACUGGGAUUGGUUCGUCCACGGCUACUGGUCCGGCCCGAAGGUUCUUCGGAAAAUCCUCCACCUGGGUUUUUCAAAAUAA